ACACACUAUUAGUCAGUCCCAAAACGUGAGGGUAUUCCACUGAUCUGCCCCUUUCAUUAUAUAUUUAUUUAAUGUUAUAUAACAGCGAGAUUCAAGGCAUAUGCACUUCCGUCUUCCGACUGCCAACAGGGUCUAUCACGAUAGAUAGUAAAGACCCGAGAGACAUCCAGUUCUGAGAAGAACCUGCCAGAUGCAACAGUGAAGCCACACUCCAGUAGUAGUGAUUUUCACAAACACCGAUACAAUCACACACGCAUUAAGGGGCGCAGAAGGUCCGGCCGCCAUGGGGGAGCCCGGCCUGUCGUCCCCGUCCGAGUCCCAGCUUCGGUCAUCCCGCACCACCUCCCUGUCCCUCUCCUUCCCUGCCCUGCGGGAGGGAAACCGAGUGUGGGAACGAGCUCCCCCCAAGCCUGGGGAGCUUCCUAGCCCUUUGCCAACAAAGCGCACCCGCACCUACUCAGCCACGGUGAGGGCCAACAGAGGCCCCGUGUACAAAGGCGUCUGCAAGAACUUCUCCAGGUCACAAGGCCACGGUUUUAUCAGCCCCUCCCACGGUGGCGAGGACAUCUUUGUCCAUAUAUCUGACAUUGAGGGAGAGUAUGUGCCAGCGGAGGGCGAUGAGGUGACGUAUAAGGUCUGCCCCAUACCACCCAAGAACCAGAAGAUCCAAGCUGUGGAGGUGGUCAUCACUCACCUGAACCCGGGGACGAAGCAUGAGACAUGGUCUGGACAGAUAAUCAGCUCCUAGACUCACGUCCUGGCCUGUGCUGUUAAUGUUAAUGGCAAGGAAAUUGAAGGAAAUUGGUGACGUGUGAAAUGACAUCAUAAUGUGUCAUAAAGCUGAGCGGGGGGGUGGGUGCAUAACUACAUUAUGUGAUUAAAUAGAUUCAAAGAGGGCUGGAAAGAAGGAAAAAAGCAACAUGGAGUGCAGAUGAAAACUGAACCCAUGUAAUACAUGUUUUACUGUGAAAGGAAAAUUAGGUCCCUUCCUGAAUUACUAAAUUGCAAAAACAUCGUUACCUGUAUUUAUUUGUGUGUUCACGUUUAUUUAUUUGUUUGUUUACACUAACAAAUGUGAAAGUGAUCUUUAGUUUAGUUGUCUGCAAAUUACAUAUACUUGGGAAAUGUAGUAAAAAGACUGCCUAUAGUGAGCACUGCCCCAAAUGACUACAACUCCCUCGUCUUCAGUUUCAAAUGAUGCAGAAUAGGCAAUAUUGCAUUGCUAUAAUAAUAUUAUGUUUUUAUUCUUUGUAAAUCACUGGAAUUCACAGGGUGUGAAGUGCUAUUAGUUCCCAUCUCAUAUUUUAAUAGAUAAUAGUAACUACAAAUAUUGUGAAAACAUUUUCAAAUGGAAACACAUUUAAACUGCUCAGAUGGCAUGUUUUCCCAUCUUUUUUAUUUUAUGUCUUUGAACUGUCUAUGCAUUUUUUUGUACCUUCCAUUCUGUCCUUAGUUUAAAGGUGAUUUUCACUGGGGAAAAAAUACCAUUGUGACUUCUUGAAUGGGAGACUGUUUUUACCGUUAAAUCAGAGUACCUUCUUUGGGUCAGUCCACUGUGAUGGGUGGUGCAUCAUCAUAAUGAGAAAUAAAUUUUUAUUAUUAUGAGCAGAA